ACAAUAGAAGACGUCGUCGUCCCCAAAUCCGUUAAAAACCGACAUUCCCGGCAGUCUUUCUUAUUUGGCGCCAACAGGCCAUGCCCGGCAUCCAUUUGGUCCGUUCCUUCAUUCUCUCUUUUAUUUUCCAUUUCUGCAUCUUUGCAUCGCCGGAAGAGAUUUCAUGGAGAAUUGAUCAGCAGGCGAAGAUUCCAAUACUGGAAUGUGAUCCAUGGUUUUUGAUGUGCCCACAUGUCAAUGAAAGGAAAUCUGAUAAGCCAUCAUCCUGUUUGGGCUGAUUCUUUGAACACCCUUUCUUUCAUACUCCAUGCAGUUGAGUUUUCACAAUGUUCAAGUCACAGUAUAUUAAUGGGCGGAAGGAGAAAUUUGUAAGGUUGGAUGACAUUGACUCCAGAUCAUCAUCAUUCACAUCGGAAAUGGCUCCUGGGACGACGAAUUGUAGUUUUAGUCUAGAAGGAUUGGCUCCUGGUAGACAAUCUCACAACCCUUCUUCAAUGUCAGUUAAACAAGGGGUGAUGAGAGGGUCUGAAGGCCUAAUGACGUUUGGUAGAUCAAUAAAAUCUGGAGUUGCACGAGCAGUGUUCCCAGAAGACCUCGGAGUCUCUGAAAAAAUGAUAUUCGAUCCUCAAGACGAGUCUCUCAUACUUUGGAAUAGGCUUUUUGUUAUUUCUUGCAUAUUUUCAGUAUCAGCUGAUCCUCUAUUCCUCUAUCUUCCUGUCUUCAACAGUGAAGACAGCUGCCUUCAUUUAGAUACAAGUUUGGCAUACACAGUAACUACCCUGAGGACUAUCAUUGAUUCAUUCUAUCUCAUCCGAGUGAUUCUCCAGUUUCGCACAGCGUAUAUUGCUCCAUCAUCUCGGGUUUUUGGACGAGGUGAACUUGUGAUUGAUCCCAAACAAAUUGCAAGCAGAUACGUGCGCCGUUAUUUUGUAGUUGAUGUUCUUUCUGUUCUCCCCCUGCCCCAGAUUGUGGUUUGGAGAUUCCUUCAUGGGUCACAAGGCUCAGAUGUAUUAGGCACAAAGAAAGCUUUAGUCAUCGUCGUCAUACUCCAACAUAUCCCUAGGUUCUUGCGUUUUGUACCUCUAAAUUCAGACUUGAAGAAGACUUCCGGAGUCUUUGCUGAAACAGCAUGGCUUGGUGCUGCAUAUUACAUGCUGUGGUUCAUUCUUGCUAGUCAUACAUUUGGAGCCUAUUGGUACCUGUUAGCGGUGGAACGUAAAAAUGCAUGCUGGGAGCAAGCCUGUUUGGAUAGUCCAGAUUGCAGUGCAAACUAUUCUUUACUGUACUGUGCACAAGAUGGAGAGAGCAGGGCAAACAUAACAAAUUGGAGGGACACUAGCCAACAAGUUUUGAACAAAAACUGUGCGGCUGAUGAGAACUCCACAUUUAAGUAUGGUAUAUAUGCGCAAGCUGUCUCGGCUGGAAUUCUCGACUCCGAAGAAUUCUUCUCCAAAUAUAGUUACUGCUUGUGGUGGGGCCUGCAAAAUCUGAGCACUCUUGGCCAGGGUCUUGAAACAAGCACCUAUCCUCUGGAGGUCAUCUUUUCAAUAGCAUUGGGCAUUCUUGGGCUCCUACUAUUUGCUCUUCUCAUUGGAAACAUGCAGACAUAUCUUCAAUCUAUAACGGUCCGGCUUGAGGAGAUGAGGAUUAAAAGACGCGACACAGAGCAAUGGAUGCAUCAUAGGGUGCUACCACAAGAUCUGAGGGAAAGAGUCCGGUCUUACGAUCAGUACAAAUGGUUGGAAACAAAAGGGGUUGACGAAGAGAGUCUGGUGCAGAAUCUGCCAUCAGACCUGCGAAGAGAUAUCAAGCGUCAUCUUUGUAUGAAUUUGGUUAGAAGGGUCCCUCUAUUUGCAAACAUGGAGGAGAGGUUGCUUGACGCCAUAUGUGAGAGACUGAAGCCGUGCUUGUUCACGGAAAAGACUUACAUCGUGAGAGAGGGGGACCCGGUGGACGAGAUGCUGUUCAUCAUCCGGGGCCGCCUGGAGACGGUGACGACGGACGGCGGGAGGAGCGGUUUCUUCAACCGCGGCAUCCUCAAGGAGAGCGAGUUCUGCGGGGAGGAGCUUCUGACGUGGGCCCUGGACCCGAAGGCCGGCGGCAACCUGCCGCCGUCGACCCGCACCGUCACGGCGCUGACGGAGGUGGAGGCGUUUGCGCUGAGCGCGGACGAAGUCAAGUUCAUCUCCACCCAGUUCCGGCGCAUCCACAGCCGCCAGGUCCAGCACACCUUCCGGUUCUACUCCCAGCAGUGGCGGACUUGGGCCGCCAUGUUCAUCCAAGCCGCGUGGAGGCGCCACGUGCGCCGGAAAAAUGCGGAGUUGCGCCACGGUGGGGCCUACGACGACGGCGGCGACGAUUAUGACGAUGACGAUGAAGAGACGACGUCGUUGAUUCCGGAGAAUGGUUCGGCGCCUAAUACUACUAGCAUUGGGGCAACCAUGUUCGCGUCCCGGUUUGCGGCCAAUGCUUUGUACAAGGUGCGGAAAUCUAGUAAGAACAUCAUUCUCAAACCACCGGAGCCAGAUUUUGGGAGUGCUGAUGACUGAUGAACUUGAUGCCUCCUUCCAUUUUCAACUGCACUUCCCCUGUUACCAUCCCCUGGGCCUGUAGAUUUUUUCUAAUCUUUUUUGGACUUCUUUAAGAAGUCUUUUUAACGUCCCGCUAUAUGUAAUCCAGCCUUUGACUCAUCAAAUGUAAGAAGAAGAAGAAGAAAGAAUUUUGUCAUCGAAAAUGGAGUUGAUGAAGAAAAUCUGCCCAGAUUACCCCUAUGUGUGGGAUGCAAAUGGAGUUUCACCUUGUUUUAAUGAUCUAUAUCCUUUCAUUUAU